UUCAGAAAGAUGUCUGCCUCCAUGGUGAGGGCGACCGUGCGAGCGGUCAGCAAGAGGAAGCUACUGGCGACCAGAGCCGCUCUCACACUGACUCCAGCAGCUGUGAACAAGAUCCGAGUGUUGCUUCAGGACAAGCCGGAAUAUAUCGGUUUGAAGGUUGGAGUGAGAACUCGUGGUUGCAAUGGACUGACGUACACACUGGACUACACCAAGGAGAAAGCCACCUCUGAUGAGGAAGUGCUGCAGGAUGGAGUGACAGUGUUCAUAGAGAAGAAGGCUCAGCUGACCCUCCUGGGAACUGAGAUGGACUUUGUCAAUUCAAAGCUGUCCAGUGAAUUUGUCUUCAACAAUCCUAACAUCAAGGGCACGUGUGGCUGUGGAGAGAGUUUCAACAUGUGAGCCUCCGUCCUCCCACUCCAUCCCUGCUCCAAAGCUCGUCCCAUCGGAAAAGACUGAGAGACUGAAUGUUGACAAGGAAGUUAGAAGCGAGGAAAUCGUUUGAGAUGUGGACGUGCCUCCUUUCCUGCCUCCUUUCCUGAAUCCUCUCCUGCAGCCCACACACUGGUUUGAAGCCCACGUAUGCAUAUCCACGAUCAAAGGAAGGUUAUAAAAAACCAUCUCAGCAUAACUGAUUUUAGCUUCAGAAACCUUUUGAUGUCAGUGUUUUAGUUCUUGGAUCUGCAUUUAAAAAUGAAACCCAUAGAAGGACCUGAGAACAAGGUGUUUUUAUAUUUAGCGACUUUCUGCCAUUUCUCACUUAUACGCACAUUAUUUAAUAGGUAAAUCUCAGCGUGACUUGUAUGCAGGAGGAAAUGCUCACUGAGGUGAAGAGUUGAUCAGGUUUAGCUUGAUAAAUCUGAAAAGAUUAACCAUGAUACUAUUAAAGGAGACGUAUUAUGCUGUUAUAAGUUUAUCUUUCCUCAAGUGUGUUCAGGCAGUUAUUUUCAAGUUUUGUUCGCCCAGCUUACCCAACCAGGUAGAGGGAGACAAAAUUCUUACAUUUCUUACACUGGAGGUUAAAGUGACAGAAGCUAAAGGUGUUUCAGACAGAGGCUGAAAAGAGGAGCUGCAGCAAUGGACAGGAAGAGGACAGUGAUGGGGUCUCUGAACCUUAGAGCAUAUAGAUCGUGUCAAGAAAUAAACAAAAAUCACAAACGUAAACUUGAGCAUAAUAUGUCUCCAUAAUGUUGAAAUCUAACUACCAAAAUCAGCUGUGUGAUAAACAGCUCGCUAACCACGGUGUGAGAGGGCGAGCCACUCUUCAGUGUCUCGUCCCAGCAGAAUGCCAACAUGGAGUUUCAGUGUCUUGAAACUGCUUUUUCAGUUUGUAUAGUCUUUGAAAUGUCUUAAGUGUAUAUUUAUCUCUAUGUCAAGAAUGUAAUUGAACCACAGAAAACACGCACACAAGAAAAAGUAACGCACAUAACAUGUAUCCCUCAAAUACGAGGUUCCUUUUUGCUUGAAUAAAGCCUGGAACUUGUGACAGUGUAAACUUUGCAAUAGGUCUGUAAAUAUGAAAUAAUAAAAGGCUAAAUCCUG